AUGUCUGGAACAGAGUCUCACGUCGACAGAGAAGAGGACUACAGGUUCCUCCACAGCAUGUUGAUGGAGAGGAAGAUUCACAUGCUGUUCAAGAUCCACGAGCGGCUGAAGCGUUUCGAGAAGCGAAGCCCCGCCCCGGUCCGGGAGGACUCAUCCAGUCUGGCCUUAGAUUUGGCAGAGGAGCUGAUGAACCAGGGCUGGGGGGAUGAAGUCAAAGAGCUGUUUGCCCUCCUUUCCAAACCCCACUUUAAGACUCUCUUGAGUGUCCACGACGCUGUGGCUCAGAGAGACUUUGAACCUGCUCUGCCACCGGUACCUGACGACGCACUGGACGACGACGAGGAUUCGGUCAAAAUUGUCAGUUUGGUCAAAACAAACGAGCCCCUGGGGGCAACAAUUAGGAGGGAUAAAUCCACCGGGGCAAUUUUUGUGGCACGAAUCAUGAGAGGAGGUGCAGCCGAUAAAAGCGGCCUGAUCCAUGAAGGAGACGAACUUAAAGAAGUGAACGGCGUCUCACUGGAGCACAGGAAGCCAAAGGAAAUCCUUCCUCUACUGGCUCGCUCCAAGAGUGAAGUCAAAUUCAAAAUCGUUCCUGCAUUCUGCGAGGACGAAGUGCCAACAGAUAAAGAAAAGCUGUUCGUGCGGGCUCUGUUUGACUACGAUCCCAGCGAGGAUCCAACCAUCCCGUGCCAGGAUGCGGCAGUGGCCUUCCAAAGAGGCGACGUCCUCCAGAUUUUGAGCACCGAAGAUGAGACCUGGUGGCAGGCCCGUCGCGCUGAGGACAGCGACAGCCGGGCCGGGCUCAUCCCCUCAAAGGAGCUGCACGAAAGAAGAGUGGCGCUACAGCGACCCGCAGCCCUGUUCAAGCCUCGGACAGUCAAACCACCAGGUGACGAUCCUGUUUUUCCAGUCACGGAGGAUGUCGACUACAGAGCUAUAACGGGGAUCCACGUUGCUGGUUUAAGAAGAAGUUUCCGACUGGGCAGAAAGAGCAGCUGGGCCAAAGAAGCAGCUCGGUUCAGGAGGUGGAGCGCUGGGGUGCAUGGCUCCAUCUGUCCACCUACCUACAUCGAGGUGAUCCCCUACCACAGAGAACCAAAGGACAGACACCGUCUGGUCGUCCUGGUUGGGCCCAGCGGCGUUGGCGUUAAUGAACUGAAGAGGAGGCUGCUGAUCUCCGACCCCGACCGCUAUGGCGUCACUGUGCCGUACACCACCCGUGAGAAGAGGAGGCAGGAAAGCGAAGGGGUGGAUUAUCAUUUUGUGUCAGUUCACAUGUUUGAAGAGCACAUUCUGGAUCAUAGGUUUAUAGAGUAUGGGAGUCAUGGAGGCCACUACUAUGGCACAAGUCUAGACUCUGUGUACAGGGUGAUGGCCGAGGGCAAGGUGUGCCUCCUGGAUGUGCAUCCUAGUAAAAUAAAGCGAGUGUACACGUCUGAAUUCAAACCAUACGUGGUGUUCGUGAAACCGCCGCGCAUCGAGGAGCUGCGCCUCACCAGACGGAGAGCUAAAUUCGUCUGCGAUGAAGAGGACGCGGACCCGGUCCGGGUCUUUUCAGAGGAGGAUUUUGUGGACAUGAUUGACUUGGCUGAAACCAUGGAGACCCAGUACGGUCACCUGUUUGACCAGGUGAUUGUUAACGGAGAUAUCGCCACAGCAUUUAGAGAAGUGAGGGCCGACCUCGAGAGGAUCUACGAGGCAGAAGUCCAGUGGGUUCCUGCAGACUGGACUUGCUCCCCGCCGGCAAAAGCAAGGAGAAGCUGCAGUCAUUUGGCCGGCUGGAUUUGAGCUGCGAUCCCUUAUUCGGACAUCGAAAUGAGCAAAUAAAUACAUGUUAAUAACACCUACAUUAUGUUUAAGAUAUAGUGUUAGAAUUCAACACCUUGAGCGCUGAAUUUCUGUCA